UAGAAAAAUCAAACCAGACCAAACUAUACCAGGCCACGAAAACAAAGCCUUAUUAGUUGUACAUUUGUACUUACUUAGUUGGUAAAUGCUGUUGUACAAAAGGCAAAACAUGGACUUUAGAGUUGAGUCCUCUCCUAUUUGUCCCUCUUUUGUGGGACCCUACCCUUAUAUAACAUCCACCAAAGUAUACAAAUGCAAACCAUAUGAGUUCUUUUUCAUAGCAGUUGAACUACUAAACUUACAUGCUCCUCCCAAAAUAACAGAAACCAAAACCAAAACCAAAACCAAAACCAAACCAAAACCCUCAUAUCUUUUCUUACAAAGAAGUUGAUCAUAUAACCAAAACUCAUCAAAAAACCAAAACCAAAACCAAAACCCAUCAUAUCUUUUCUUACAAAAAAAGUUGAUCAUAUAAUCAAAACUCAUCAAAAAUGGAUUUAGAUGAGUUCACCUUCCCUGCCACCCAUCCAACCACCACUCCGAUCGAUUCACCACCGCUAUGGCGGCUCUCUCCUUCGGCCUCCCCUACACCUUCUUACUUAGAAGCAACAACAGGGAUGAAGCUCAACAUCAAAACAUCCGAAAAUGGCAACUUUUACUCUAGGAAAAGUUGUUCAUUUUUAGAAGGGAAAUGCUUAACAAAGAGGUCAAGAUUAAGUGGUAAUAAUGAAGAUGAUGAUCAAGCUCAAGAAAAGAUGGAUAUGUUAUGGGAAGAUUUGAAUUAUGAAGAAUUAUUCAAAAGUAAGCGCGAUUCGAGGUUGUUUGAGUUUCAUUCUAAGGGAAGUAAUGAGGUUAUGGAGUUUGGAUGUGUUCCUACACCAUUCAAGUUAGUAAGAACUAGUACUAUGAAAGGUGGUGGUAGUAAAAUUAAGAGACCAAGUAUGGUUGUGUUAAUUAAGGUUCUUAAAAGACUCUUUGUUCUUCAACAAUUCGCAAAGAAGAGGUCCCGCUGAAUUCUGUUCUUUUUUAGUUGCAACGUUUUAAAUUUUUUAAUUAGAUUUUUUCUUGUAAUUUGAUCUCUUAUACAAGUAAAUAUACAUAAAUAUAUGAUACUUAAAAGUUAUAACCAUAUGCUUGAUUGUAUAAUAUAUUGUUUGGUGAUUGGUUUGAUUCA